CAUACGUCAUCGAAGAAGAUGAGCAUCGAUCAUGCUUAGAGAAGAUCCAAGACCUUUUUUUCAGCCUUGCGUACAGAAGAUCCCUUUUUACCCAUCCAUACGCUGUUCUUUAAACCUGCUGCGUUCUUUUUCCAUGGCUCCCACACUUUAGAAAGCCAGGAAUGAAGACAAAGCCCGCGUCCUUUCCUGUCCUGCGAAAAAGCAGCAACGGUCGGAGAAAAGCAAGUGGUCAAUUAUUUUGUCCCCUUACAAGCACCGGUGAGGAUGAGAGAUCAUGAAAUUCUAGGGUUUUGGGGAAUUCUUCUAUAAAUAGUUUGUUAUUAGGAGGUUUUAGGCAGAGAGAGGGGGCAACCAGAUAGCGAAAAAAGGAAGGUGGCAGAAGAGAGAGAGAUCGAAGAAGGCGAGUCCUGACAGUGUCUCUAGCGAGAUUCCGGUACUUCUCUUCUUUCUUUUCCUGCUUUGGAUCAAGUUAUACACCCUAUCCGAGAGCAUAAGGGUGUUUCUAGCAGUUUGGUAUCCGGACUGUCCCAAAAUGGGGUACCCGGAAACCACUGACCCCAAGAAACAACCCUUAUGUGAUAAAAUCUUCGAGUUGUCUGUGGUUGAUGCUUGUUUUGAGUUCAGAUCUGUAUGAUGCACAUGUUGGUUUCAAACAAAUGAUAUUGAUCUGCAUUAUUAUGUCUUAACUAUCUUGUAAUUAUGAUUGGAGUAGGAGAUUAUUAUUAUAUGUAAAUAGUUAAUGUUAUAUUAUUUUAAUAUAAUUAUUUCUUAUAU